GGGUACUCUGCCUGCCAGACAGCCUGAACCUUCACCGAGACCCGCAGCGGACCAGCAAACCGGGAGAGCUGCCCAUGUUCAGCCAGUCCGAGCUGAGGACCAUCGAGCAAUCCUUGCUGGCCACCCGCGUGGGCAGCAUCGCGGAACUGAGUGACCUGGUGUCCCGAGCAAUGCAUCACCUGCAGCCCCUCAACGCCAAGCACCAUGGCAAUGGCACCCCCCUGCACCACAAGCAGGGGGCGCUCUACUGGGAGCCCGAGGCCCUGUACACCCUUUGCUAUUUCAUGCACUGCCCGCAGAUGGAAUGGGAAAAUCCCAACGUGGAGCCCUCCAAAGUCAACCUCCAGGUGGAAAGGCCCUUCCUCGUGCUGCCGCCACUGAUGGAGUGGAUCCGGGUGGCCGUGGCGCACGCCGGCCACCGCCGCAGCUUCUCCAUGGACAGCGACGACGUCCGCCAGGCCGCCCGGCUGCUGCUGCCCGGCGUGGACUGCGAGCCGCGCCAGCUCAGGGCCGAUGACUGCUUUUGCGCUUCUCGGAAGCUGGACGCAGUGGCCAUCGAAGCCAAGUUUAAGCAGGACCUGGGUUUCCGGAUGCUAAACUGUGGACGGACGGACCUGGUGAAGCAGGCAGUGUCUCUCCUGGGGCCCGAUGGGAUCAACACCAUGAGCGAACAGGGCAUGACCCCCCUGAUGUACGCCUGCGUCCGCGGGGACGAGGCAAUGGUUCAGAUGCUGCUGGAUGCCGGAGCUGACCUGAAUGUGGAGGUUGUCAGUACUCCUCAUAAAUAUCCAUCCGUCCACCCUGAGACCCGCCAUUGGACGGCUCUGACUUUUGCUGUGUUGCAUGGACAUAUUCCUGUAGUUCAGCUCCUCCUGGAUGCUGGGGCCAAGGUGGAGGGCUCUGUGGAGCAUGGCGAGGAGAACUAUUCAGAAACGCCCCUCCAGCUCGCAGCCGCCGUAGGAAAUUUUGAGCUGGUUAGUUUGCUGUUGGAGCGUGGCGCGGACCCCCUGAUAGGAACCAUGUACAGGAAUGGAAUUUCUACCACCCCCCAGGGUGAUAUGAACUCUUUCAGCCAGGCCGCAGCCCACGGACACAGGAAUGUGUUCCGCAAACUGCUCGCUCAGCCAGAGAAGGGGAAGAGCGACAUCCUGUCCCUGGAGGAGAUCCUGGCCGAGGGGACAGACCUGGCGGAGGCAGCCCCGCCCCCCCUGUGCGCCAGCCGCAACAGCAAGGCCAAACUCAGAGCCCUGAGGGAGGCCAUGUAUCACAGCGCUGAGCACGGCUACGUGGAUGUCACGAUUGACAUCAGGAGCAUAGGUGUCCCGUGGACCCUGCACACCUGGCUGGAGUCUUUGCGGAUCGCCUUCCAGCAGCACCGCCGGCCUCUCAUUCAGUGCCUGUUGAAGGAGUUUAAGACCAUUCAGGAGGAAGAGUACACAGAGGAGCUCGUCACCCAGGGCCUGCCCCUCAUGUUCGAGAUCUUGAAAGCCAGCAAGAACGAAGUGAUCAGCCAGCAGCUGUGUGUCAUCUUCACUCACUGCUAUGGGCCCUACCCCAUCCCCAAGCUCACAGAGAUCAAACGGAAACAGACCUCACGCCUGGAUCCUCAUUUCCUUAACAAUAAAGAAAUGUCAGAUGUUACCUUUCUGGUAGAAGGAAGACCAUUUUAUGCUCACAAAGUGCUGUUAUUUACAGCCUCUCCAAGGUUCAAAGCCCUCCUCUCUAGCAAACCGACAAAUGACAACACCUGCAUAGAGAUCGGAUACGUGAAGUACCCCAUCUUUCAGCUGGUCAUGCAGUACCUCUACUACGGUGGCCCAGAGUCGCUUCUCAUUAAAAACAACGAGAUCAUGGAGCUUCUGUCUGCUGCUAAAUUUUUCCAGCUGGAGGCUUUGCAGCGACACUGUGAGAUUAUCUGUGCAAAGAGCAUCAAUACCGACAACUGUGUGGAUAUUUACAACCACGCCAAGUUUCUUGGAGUCAUGGAGCUCUCAGCAUAUUGCGAAGGCUACUUUCUCAAAAACAUGAUGGUCCUCAUCGAAAACGAAGCAUUCAAGCAGCUCCUAUAUGACAAAAAUGGCGAAGGGACGGGCCAGGAUGUGCUCCAGGACUUACAGAGGACGUUGGCCAUCAGGAUUCAGUCAAUCCACUUGUCAUCUUCCAAAGGUUCUGUUGUAUGAAACGUCCAGUCCAAGGAACGUUCCCCAGGGACUUGCCAGUUCUGCUGCUGCAUUGGCUUCACACGAACAUACAAGUCUCACCUGGCAUCUGUUUUUGGCUGGGCCAAGGAGCUGCUUUUACUGCCUCAGCUGCUCUUGAAUAAGCAAAUGCAGCUCUCAUGAGCUCCUGUUGAGAAACAAAGGACAUGCCACUGGCCUGCAGGUCAGAUUACAGCUGGAUCCAGAGCUAGAAGGCCAACGUGGGGCAGCCGAGCUGACCUCAUCUGAAAGCACCCCUGGGGCAGUUGAACACCCCUUGCCAGGGACCGCUAUCCAGCAGAUAGACUGAGAACUAAAGGCCGUUCAGGUUCCAGGUUGACAGUUGGAGAACUUCACUGUACCGACCCUGAAAAGCAUUAUAUUUAUUACACAUUACCUUAGUAGCUGCAAUUCCGCAAGAGUUAAACCAUGGUAGCAAAUUGGUGAGACUGUUACCAAUGACGAAGACAUCAUUUGGCGUAUUUUUAGGGGUGGGAACUUUUUAAAAUGUUCAUAAAAAAAAAAAACCCAGAACAGGGCAGCCUUGUAGUUUAAAAUAUAUUUCUAAAAGCUUAACAGUUCAUUUUCAACUGGAUUGUGUUUAGGGAUCUGUGUUUUGAGAUUUCUUUUUUAAAAAAAAAAAAACAGUUGCAGGUCUACACUGUAUAAACAUGCAUCUGAGAAGAUAUUGCUAAUAUUCUACACAAGGUGAAAUAAUAACCUUGCCUUAGUGAUCAUGGUUACACAGAAGAGGUGCACUGCCAAUAAUUAACUCAAUAGUUGAAAAAAAACCUGCAUGCUAAUCGUGAUUUUGGGGUGAGAAUAAAAUCCCCCCACAUAAAAAAAAAAAAAAAAAAAAAGCAUUUGCAUGGGCCUGAACCUGUAAAAUGUUAUGUUUGUGCUUCAUUUUUGCCAAGGUAAAAAUGUCCCAUCAC